AUGACUUUUGGCAAAUUCGACUCAAUAUGCGAGAAAACACCUAUGCCGUUGUGCUCCCUCGUGGGCCCGGCUUCGACUAUCUCCGGCGCCACAGGCAUUAUCUCCAAUUGCUAUGCGCGAAAUAUUGAGCUUGCGAACACGAUUAUCUUCCAGGGCGCUGCUUCGUUCAUGCACAUCAUUGCACUCGGUAUGACUGUGAUAAUGAUCUUGCAUGUUCGGUCCAAGUUCACGGCCGUCGGUCGUAAGGAAAUCAUCACUCUUUUCUACCUAUAUCUAGCUCUCACUAUAUGCUCGCUCAUCAUUGAUGCGGGAGUUGUUCCUCCUUUAAGUGGCCCAUUCCCCUACUUUGUGGCAGUUCAGAGUGGCUUGGUAUCGGCUCUAUGCGGCUGCUUGCUUGUCAAUGCCUUCGUAGGCUUUCAGCUGUACGAGGAUGGAACAGCACUUUCUGUAUGGCUAAUUCGGCUCCCAUCUGCUGCCAUGUUUGCCUUGACGUUUGUCAUCUCCCUGCUGACCUUCAAGUCAUGGGGUGGGCUGGGACCGCAGAACACCAUCGGCUUAUUUGUCGUUCUCUACAUCUUAAAUGCCAUAUGCGUUGCGGUCUAUGUUUGUAUGUCACUUCUUCUGGUAGCCACUUUGGAUGACCGCUGGCCUCUUGGACAUAUUCUCUUCGGUACGUUCGUUUUCAUCAUUGGACAAGUGAUCCUCUACGUCUUCAGCGAUAUUAUCUGUGUCAAUGUCCAACAUUACAUGGAUGGUCUAUUCUUCGCUACCUUCUGCAAUUUGUUGGCCGUCAUGAUGAUCUACAAGUUCUGGGAUUCGAUUACGAAAGAAGAUUUGGAAUUCUCCGUCGGUGUCAAGGCGAACACAUGGGAAGUCAAGGAGCUACUGGAGGACGACAGAAGACAAACUGUUUAUCAGGAUACCAACGACUACGACGCAGGUAGCAUGUCUCACCAGCGCUCCCCUCGCUAUAACUACUAG